AUGAAAGUCAUAGCAGUCGCUGGCGGAACCGGAAGCGUCGGCAGCAGUAUUGUCGAUGGCCUUGUCGAUUAUGGCAAGCAUAAAGAACGGCCUACAAAUGGCGCAGUUAACUACCUCAAGGUAGACUAUAGCGAUGUCGACGCUACUACCAAAGCCCUUGAGGAAGCAAACGUCAACAUCGUCAUCUGUGCCAUCGCUGUUAUUUCGCCUGAGGCGAACCAGGCCCAGAAGAACUUGAUCCAAGCAGCUGCGCAGUCACGUCCCACCGAGCGAUUUGUUAUCAGUAGCUUCGAUGCGCUCCACAUGAAAGAAGACGUUGAAAUUGCUCCCUGGUGGGGAUAUACUUUCGAGGCGAUUGACUUGCUCGAAAAGACAAGUCUUGUGUACACACGCAUCGCCAAUGACUGGUUUCUCGAUUACUACGGCAUGCCCCACUGGAAAACCAAUCUUGAGCCAUGGUUAAAUGUUCUCAACAUGGAGUCAAAGUGGGCAGCCAUACCCGGUGAUGGCGCCAAAUUUGAGGUUGCGGUUGAUAGUUUGGAAAAGCUGAAAUCGGGAAAGAUUUCCUUCUUUCCGGAUUAUCCACCUAUUGGAAUGGGAGAUGGGGAUGAAGCGUUUUUCGCAACAAUCCAUUACCUAACUGGCAUUGGUCGCUAUUUGGUACCGAGGGAUCUCCCAUUCUUGGACGACAAGUUCCCUGAUUUAAAGGUUACCACGACUUCUGAGGUCAUGGAAAGUUCAUGGAAGGGGCAGUAA